AUGUCAUACAAAAAUGACAGAGCACCCCUUUCUUGUAGUUUACUCCGAGUGGUUGAAGUCUUUAGCAGCUCUGACAUUGACACAAGCCUGGUGACACAAUUGCUUGCACACUGCCAGGAGAUUGCUGAGAGCAUUCUAGCUUGCGAGACCAACAGCUUCCAUUCGGAAGUGAUGUAUCAGACAGUUCAUCAACUGGAGUGGCAAAAAAGAACUCUCAUGGAAAUGAUGUACAAUGAUGACUCAACAUCUGGGGCAAAAAACACAUGGGAGCAUUCUACCAAUGCGGACUCAGACAAGUCUGCUCGUCGAAGAUGUAUCGAGGACACAAGACAGGUACCGAGUGCAGGAGGACUGGAUACUGUGGCAGGACUUCCAGAAACAAAGAAACUAUUGCGCGAGGCAGUGCUUCUGCCCCUCAAGUUCCCACACCUCUUCACAGGUGGCCUCCAGCCAUGCACUCGCAUUCUGCUGUAUGGACCGCCAGGAACAGGAAAAACACAGCUCGUCAAUGCAUUUGCUGCAGAGCUGAACAUUCCAUUCUAUAGUGUGACAAGUGCUGACCUGCUCUCUUCGUGGGUGGGGGAGACUGAAAAGUUGAUCCGGGAACUGUUUGAGUACACACGGGAACGAGGUGAAUGUUCUGUGGUAUUCAUAGAUGAGGUGGACAGCAUCUGUCGCCAGCGAACAUCCACAGAGCAGGAUUCAACACGCAGGUGA